AUGGCUGAAUCUGACGAGAGCGGAAACGUCGAUUUGACUAUAGAUUUUCCUGGCGAACGCGCCGAGCCAACUCACCUGGUCGUCAUGGUCAACGGUCUCAUCGGCAGUGCUCAGAACUGGAGAUUCGCCGCUAAGCAGUUGCUGAAGAAGUAUCCUCAGGAUCUCGUCGUUCACUGCAGUAAACGCAACCAUUCGACACAGACAUUUGAUGGUGUUGAUGUUAUGGGAGAAAGAUUAGCAGAAGAGGUUAGGUCGGUGAUCAAACGUCACCCAAGUCUCCAGAAGAUUUCCUUUGUAGCACAUUCUUUAGGUGGCUUGAUUGCUAGGUAUGCUGUUGCCCGUCUUUAUGAGCAAGAAUCCCGACAAGAGCUUCCACAGAACAGUGACGACAAAAGGUCGAUAGAGGAACCGAAAGGGAGAAUUGCUGGAUUGGAGCCUGUGUUUUUCAUAACUUCUGCAACUCCACACCUUGGUUCAAGAGGACAUAAGCAGGUCCCAUUGUUUUCCGGAUCUCACACUUUGGAGAGACUAGCUACGCGUAUGUCUUGGUGUCUUGGUAAAACGGGGAAACAUCUUUUCCUGGCUGAUGGUGAUGAUGGAAAGCCUCCGCUACUCCUCCGAAUGACGAUCUGUAAUGACAUCAUCUCCUCUGCUUUUGUGAACAGUUCUGCUUUGCGAUGCUUCAAGCGGCGUAUUGCUUAUGCAAAUACAAGUUUUGACCACCUUGUCGGGUGGAGCACAUCGUCAAUCAGACGUCGCAACGAGCUUCCUAAGCUUCAACGCGGUCCAGUCAACGAGAAGUAUCCUCACAUUGUGAACGUUGAAACACCAGAUACUUCAAGUAACGAGGAGGAAGAUCGACCAGGGAUCAAUUCAGACGGGGUCGAUAUGGAAGAGGAAAUGAUAAGAGAGCUAACAAAAAUGAGAUGGGAACGAGUUGAUGUUAGUUUCAGAGGAACCCUGCAAAGAUUUCUCGCUCACAAUACCAUUCAGGCAAGUGUGAAAACAAAGAUGAUCAAUUCAGCUGGAGCAGAUGUUAUACAACACAUGGUUGACAAUUUUGAGCCAUAG